ACAAACACUAUCGUCCCAAUCUCGUCAGUCGGUCCGUCCCAAGGUUGCGGUUUAGGUCAUGGGAUGCGCCGUACUUUCUUUGCGAAUGAGGCUAUCAUUCCUGUAGUUCGAGUUGUUUGCAUAGCGGGCUGUGGCACUGCGACCAUCUCCGACCACGCGGAAAUCGAAUUCUGGGAAAUAGAAAAUAUUAGUCUUCCCCGUUCGGAAAAUCAUCAUUGCGACAAGACGUACCCAAGAAUUCGUGCCCGAAACGACCUUGAUGGCCAGAACUAUGUCCAGGUUAGCAAAAGGACCAAAUGUUGAAUACAUGCUGUUUGCCGUACUAGUAGCGAAUAUAGAAUGGCUCGUUUGUGGAAGACAUGUUGGGUGGUGGGUGUUGACUUGCUUUCCAACGAUUCAGUUGAUGACAGCGACAACGCGGGAAUCUUUAAUUGGGAACCCUGGUGGCCGUCGAAGCCGCGACUUGCACAAGAGCAUCGGCGGGGCAUCAUUGGGGGCCCCACCAAAUGCUUGUCGGAGUUUCACGUGAUUGAGCAACUCCCUGCCCGGCUGCCGCUUGGCGCCAGCUGGCUGAGAGCUACGAUAGGCCAGCUACCCAGUCCCCCAAAUGCCACAUCUCCCAAGACAGGCACCGCCGUUGAUAUUGACCAACUCUCACCAACUGUGACCACAUUCGCCCAGAGAAAGGUGAAGCUCCGCUGCCUGAUUUCACCCCCAGCGGCCACCUACGCGACGACACCUCGCCUCUGCAGGUCCAUUCUGAACCACCAAACGAAUUCUUUACGAGCGAGCAUUUGGCGUCAGGGGUUACUUGCACAGGCCGGUAUUAGGCAAACAACCUGUUUGUUACUGGGCUGUUAUUCUGCAGGAGCUCAGGAGCCACGAAACAACUCCCCUAUCUUUUCCGCCCCUCAGCAAUAAUUACUACCCAUACGGGGUCAACACCAAUAAUUCCACCCUAACUCGCAAACACAACCACCCAUCCAACACUCUCCCGAGUUUUCCACGGCACGUUGCCGCCCCCGUUCGCCCAUCAUGUCCUUUCUCGAAAAUGCGUACACGUUAGUGAAGGACAACUCCAUCGAUGGCACACCGACAUUGCAGGAGCUCAAGACACAGCUCGAGAAGGGCACCGAUGAGUCCAAGCUCGAUACCAUGAGGCGCAUCUUGACCAUCAUGCUCAAUGGCGAUCCUAUGCCGCAAUUGCUCAUGCACAUCAUCCGAUUCGUCAUGCCGUCCAAGUCGAAGCCUCUAAAGAAGCUCCUCUAUUUCUACUACGAGAUCUGCCCGAAGCUUGACGCCCAAGGUAAGCUGAAGCAAGAGUACAUUCUAGUAUGCAACGGUAUCCGGAACGACUUGCAACACCCGAACGAGUACAUCCGCGGUAACACAUUACGUUUCCUCUGCAAACUUCGCGAACCAGAGCUUCUCGAGCCCCUCCUCUCCUCAGCCCGAUCAUGCCUCGAACAUCGCCAUGCCUACGUACGAAAGAACGCCGUCUUUGCCGUCGCAUCCAUCUUCCAACACUCGCCCUCCCUGAUCCCCGAUGCCGCAGACCUCAUUGCCACAUUCCUGGAAGGCGAGAGCGAUCCCACAUGCAAGAGGAACGGUUUUGCUGCGCUUGCCAGCAUCGACCACGGCAAGGCGCUGGCGUACCUUAGCUCUGUCUUUGAUGGCAUCCCCAACGCAGAGGAGCUUCUGCAGUUGGUUGAGCUCGAGUUCAUCAGGAAGGACGCCAUCCAGAACUCUCAGAACAAGACCAAAUAUCUGCACCUGAUCUUUGACCUGCUGGAGUCCAACACAUCCACCGUCGUCUACGAAGCUGCUUCUUCGUUGACGGCCCUCACCAACAAUCCUGUGGCCGUCAAGGCUGCCGCCAGCAAGUUCAUUGAGCUUGCCAUCAAGGAGGCCGACAACAAUGUUAAGCUUAUCGUGCUGGAUCGCGUCGACCAGCUCCGCCAAAGAAACGAGGGCAUCUUGGACGACUUGAUCAUGGAGAUUUUGCGCGUUCUUUCCAGCCCGGAUAUUGAUGUGCGCAAGAAGGCCCUCGAGAUUGCGCUGGAGAUGGUUUCCAGCAAGAAUGUUGAGGAGGUAGUCCUGCUCCUCAAGAAGGAGCUGUCCAAGACUGUCGACCAAGAAUACGAGAAGAAUAGCGAGUAUCGCCAACUGCUUAUCCACUCUAUUCACCAGUGCGCCGUCAAGUUCUCCGAGGUGGCCGCCAGCGUUGUGGAGCUUUUGAUGGAGUUUAUUGCCGACUUCAAUAAUGCCUCCGCCGUCGAUGUCAUCAACUUUGUCAAGGAGGUCGUGGAGAAAUUCCCAGCGCUGCGCCCAACCAUUGUGUCCAGGCUAGUCGACACCCUGAAGGAGGUCCGUGCCGGCAAGGUGUACCGGGGCAUUCUGUGGAUCAUUGGCGAGUAUUCUCUUGAGGAGAAGGAUAUCCGUGAUGCCUGGAAAGGCAUCAGGGCUAGCUUGGGUGAAAUCCCCAUCUUGGCUUCCGAGCAACGGUUGCUGGAUAACAUGCACAGCGAGGAGGAGAACAAGGAACAGGAACAGACCAAUGGACACCCCAAGCCGGCCGCCACUUCGCGCAAGGUUAACGCUGAUGGCACAUAUGCGACUGAGACUGCCCUUACCAGCCAGUCUGCCGCUGCUGCCAAGCUGGAAGCUGUCAAGGCCUCUCAAAAACCACCUCUCCGCCAGCUCAUUCUCGAUGGCGAUUACUAUCUCGCCAGCGUCCUUGCCUCGACUCUCACAAAGUUGGUCAUGCGCUACUCGGAAGUUGGCUCGGCCGAGUCUCGCACCAAUGCCCUCAAGGCAGAGGCUAUGCUUAUCAUGAUUUCCGUCAUCCGUGUUGGUCAAUCCCAAUUCGUCAAGGCUCCCAUUGAUGAGGACUCGGUUGACCGCAUCAUGAGCUGUGUGCGCUCGCUUGCCGAGUUCAAACAGCACAAGGAGCUCGAAACUGUCUACCUCGAGGACACCCGCAAGGCCUUCCGCGCCAUGGUCCAAGUCGAAGAGAAGAAGCGCGAGGCCAAGGCUGCUCACGAGAAGGCCAAAUCGGCCAUUCAGGUUGACGAUGUGGUCUCUAUCCGUCAGCUCUCCAAGAAGAACACCGGCGGUGGCGAGGACACAGUUGAGCUUGACCUUGAGCGCGCCGCUGGCGGUGACAGCGGUGCGGGCGAGGAUUUGUCGGGGAAGCUCAGCCGUGUGGUUCAGCUCACCGGUUUUUCCGACCCUGUCUACGCGGAAGCCUAUGUCAAGGUGCACCAAUUCGACAUCAUUCUUGACGUCCUCCUCGUCAAUCAGACAACCGACACGCUCCAGAACCUCUCGGUUGAGUUUGCCACUCUCGGUGACCUCAAGGUGGUUGAGAGACCAACAAGCCAGUCUCUCGGCCCCCACGACUUCCACAACGUGCAGUGCACCAUCAAGGUCUCGUCCACCGACACGGGUGUCAUUUUCGGCAAUGUUGUCUACGAGGGCGCCCACUCCACCGACACGAACGUCGUUAUUCUGAAUGACCUGCACGUUGACAUUAUGGACUACAUCCAGCCUGCCACGUGCAGCGAAACGCAGUUCAGGACCAUGUGGACCGAGUUUGAGUGGGAGAACAAGGUCAACAUCAACAGCAAGGCCAAGACGCUGAGGGACUUUUUGGACCAGCUGAUGGCGUGCACGAAUAUGAACUGCCUGACGCCUGAGGCGAGCUUGAAGGGGGAUUGCCAGUUUUUGAGCGCGAAUUUGUAUGCUAGGAGUGUGUUUGGUGAGGAUGCCCUGGCCAACUUGAGCAUUGAGAAGGAGGGUGAGGAUGGGCCGAUUACGGGAUUUUUGAGGAUACGGAGUAGGUCGCAGGGGCUGGCGUUGAGUUUGGGGAGUUUGAAGGGGUUGAAUAAGAUUGGGAGUGCUGCGUAAGGGUGGAAAUGAUAGUAUUAGAGCAGGAAUGGGGAUUUUUUGAAGUCAGUGAUAAAAGGCUGUAAUGAACAGUUUGCUUGUUUGUUUGUUUGUUUGUUCAGCUUGUUGAAGCGCUUUGCAAAAAGGUACUUUGUUGGGUUUGUUUGUCUAGGUAGGGGUUAGCAAUCAAUCAGUUAGUCGGACGGGAUAGGGGUUGGGGAAAAUAGAGAGGGUGUGGUGUUUAUCUUGUUGGGUUUUCUGAUGUGGUGAUAAAGAUGUGAGAUCAUCUUGUGACUCUAUCAAACCUUUUCACUUUGUUAUCA